AUGUCCACGGCGAACUUGCUACUGCCACUCCUGAGGGAAUUCCCAGAUCGGGUCCACGUGUGGCUCUUCCGUAGCCCAAGUUUGAAAGGGCUCAUGGCAAAGAUUAUGCCUCCACGUUUCAACGAAGGCUGGGGCGGUACAUGGCAUCCAAAAAUAUACGGUGCUGAUGACGAGCUGUUGAUAUCCGGUGCAAACCUGAACACGUCGUAUUUCUCGGAUCGUCAAGACCGCUACAUACACUUCACCGCCCAGAAUCGUCUAGCACAAUAUUGCUUCUCCUUCCUGGAACAAGCAUCUACCUACUCAUACUCUCUACUACCGUGCUCAUCUCCCUCCGAGGGAUACAUGCUGCACUGGCCAGAUACAGCGACACAUCCUCACCACUUCGAGCCGAAGGCGGAAUCAGCCUUGACAAGUUUCCAAAAUACCUGGCGGCAAGUGUCAGGAAAGAUUCUUGACCAGGAUUCCGGCACAGAGGCACAAUCAAGACCAGAUGUUCUCGUUUUUCCUAUCAUUCAGGCAGGCCAAUUCAAUGUCCGAGAGGAAGAGUGGUGUCUCGAUCAGUUGUUCACUGACCUCGGAGCGCCCGAAACCUCCCGAUCCCUCGGGUAUUCAGGGCCACUCACAGACCUCACAAGUGGCUAUUUUGGACUGUAUAAACCAUAUCAAGAACACCUCAUCCGCUCAAGGACUGCUAGCCGAGUCUUAGCAGCCAGUCCCAAGGCAAAUGGGUUUUAUGGCUCGAAGGGUGUCUCCGGCCGCAUACCUGAGGGCUACACCGUCCUCGAACGUAGAUUCAUGAGAGAUGUGCGCAACGCUAGUCGAGAAUGGCCUCAUGACGAACCCCUGGAGCAACGCGCUCGUCCGGGCAUACAGCUCUGUGAAUGGGUAAAAGACGGGUGGACGUAUCACGCCAAAGGCAUCUGGUGGCGCCCCACACCGUCCGCGCACCCCCUCCUGACUCUGUUUGGCUCCACGAACCUCAACUCGCGCUCCGCCAAUCUGGAUACGGAACUGUCAUUCAUGCUGGUGACCAACUCUCCGGCACUGCGCGCACGCCUCGCCGAGGAGGUCGACGGGCUCCGCGCUCAUGCGCGUGCCUGGCGUGGUGACCAGCGCAAAGUCCGUCCGGCUUCGUGGAUCCUGGCUAGUGCUUUGAGCAGUCGGCUGUGA